AUGAUGAUGCAUCAAUUGAUGGCUGAUCACACUGCAACCACGCUGAAAACAAUGCUGAAAAAUGUGACAAUGAAGGUGAAAGCCCACUGCAUCAAGUGCUGGGUUUGUCACUCAGACAGCGAUCCAAAAUGCGCCGAUCCAUUUGAUAACAACACGUUGCCCAUUAAAGACUGUCGGGAAAUUAAGCGGCAGCACUUGUUGGAACCUGAGUUUGAAUAUGACAGAUUGAAGCGACUAGAAGAUGAAAAGAGGGGCAUCAAAACGACUAGUCCCAAGUUAAUGGUCGCCACUAUGUGCCGGAAAAUUCGGCAGAAAAUUCACGGAAACUGGCGCACGAUAAGAGACUGCGCCUUCAUCGGUUCCCCCGGAGAGGGCACCGGAAAUGAGCACCAUUGUCUCUACCGAAAAGGUUAG